CCUUCGCGAGUAUUGAUAAGACGCGUGCUGCUGUUUACAAACUAGACAAGGAAUUGAUUAUAUCGAUGAAGCUCUGACCCUAUCGGGUCAAAUUGUAUGAUCUUCUCUGUCAUGGCACAAGCGAAACUCGACGUGCCGGAGAAAUCUGGCGGUAUUAAAGAAAAGGACAAGGAUUCCGAGGAAAAGGAAGGUCCUACUGUCGUACCAGAAUGUGCAGUGUGCCUGCAACCUUGCAUUCAUCCAGCACGAUUACCUUGCAGUCAUAUAUACUGCUAUUUAUGUGUGAAGGGUGUUGCUAAUCAGAGCAAACGAUGCCCAAUGUGUCGUCAAGAGAUCCCACCAGAUUUUCUUGAGAGACCUCAGUUAGUGGAAGUGGAGGAGCCUCAGAAGGAAUUGGAACAUCCCGAGGAAGAAUACCAAUGGUUUUACGAAGGCCGAAAUGGUUGGUGGCAAUAUGAUCAGCGUACAAGUAUCGAAUUAGAAACGGCAUAUAAACAGGGUAAAAGGACCUGCGAGUUGUUGAUUGCAGGAUUUCUUUACAUUGCCGACUUUGGUUCGAUGCUCCAGUUACGUAGAAAUGAUCCUUCUAGACGAAGGAGAAUCAAAAGAGAUCUAUAUAAUGUUCCAAGAAAAGGAGUUGCUGGAUUACGGCUCAACGUACAGGAUGAAGAGAUUGUCAGAGAAAUAAGAGGUGCAGAACGACCAGCUAGUCCUGCAAGUGAUAGUAUGGGUACAGGAGACGGCACAAAUACUCCUAUACCACCUAGUAAUACGCCACAGACACCUGCAGGUGGAACAGCAAGUGGUGACGCUACACCUCUAAACGAUAGAGUAGAUCAGAGGUCGGAUUCCUUGCAUCAAGUCCUAGAACAAAUGCGCUCUUUAGUUUUAAGAGAGCAUCUGUCCUUAAACAGCGAUAAUGAAUUUGAAGAAGACACGGAAGACACGUCGAUUUCGGAUCAUCCCACUCUUUCAUAGCUACAAACAUCGAAUUUAUAUUUAUCAGAGACCGUCGCAAUCUUAUUUCAAAAUAUCCAAUUCAUUUCCAUACUUUUCAUAUUGCUACUCAGCUCAAUAAGAUAGUAUUCUAUACACAUACCCGCACGCACGCA